AUGUCGUGGUUGUUUGGGAGAAAUUCUAGUACGCAGGAGAACAAGAAGGAAGUGGCUGUCGACAGCAGCAGCACACUCGGAUUCGAUCCCGCACAGGUUACCAAUGUUUCUAGCAUAAUCUCGUCACCUGGGGCGCUGGAUCCUUCGAGGUUACAUCCGUUGGCUGGUCUGGAGAAAGGUGUGGAGUAUUUGGAUUUGGAGGAAGAACAGCUGUCCACUUUGGAAGGCUCACAAGGUUUGAUCCCAUCGCGUGGAUGGACCGACGAUCUAUGUUACGGUACGGGUGCCGUUUAUCUGAUCGGUUUGGGUCUAGGUGGAUCUUACGGGUUUUUCGAAGGGCUGAAUAAUAUUCCACCCAACAGCCCUGGAAAAUUGCAAUUAAACACCGUUCUGAAUCACAUCACGAGGAGAGGUCCCUUCUUGGGUAACAAUAUGGGUGUUCUAGCGUUGACCUAUAACUUGAUCAACUCAUCUAUCGAUUCAUUCAGAGGGAAGCAUGAUACGCCGGGCUCCGUGGCAGCAGGCGCUUUGACAGGAGCACUGUUCAAGUCCUCCAGAGGCUUGAAAGCUAUGGGUUACUCAUCCGUGAUGAUGGCAGCCGCUGCCGCUUCUUGGUGCGGUGUCAAGAAAUCAAUUUUGGAAUGA